AUGGAUUCGAAACGGAUUGUAUUCUUCGGGGGCCAGGGUAGUCGUUCGCUCUCCUUGUCAAGGCCAAUCUCAGGGACGAACAGACAGAAUGAAUCCCCAGCAGUUUCUCUCUUACUAUCGACUUGUCACACUGCGUUUCUACGAGAGGCCAUACGGGCUCGAUCACAGUCCCCUCCCGUCUGGGCAACGUUUGAUACGCCAAGCAGUCCGCAAUCCUUAUUAACAGUGCCUCAUGCACAAUCCGAUAACCCUAUUCUCCACGGGAUAUGCCUCUGCGUGAACCAGUUGGUUGGGUAUCUUGAGUAUGACAGCACACUCGAGAAGCUCAAACAGGCUAUACCUACGGGAUUCUGCUCUGGGAUGCUCCCUGCAAUGGUCCUAGCCUGCAGCAGCACCGUGGAAGAGUACAUCAUGUUCAGUGGGGAAGCGGUUCGUCUUGCGUUUUGGAUAGGGUACCGCGCUACCGAGCUGAGCCAGGGUCUUUUAAGAAAGGAUUGGGAAGCUCAGCCCUGGGCUUUAUCCGUGUCUGGAAAGGACAAGGAGACAAUCGAGAGAGAUGUCCAGAGUUUCAAUAGUUUUGUUCCCGAAUCGUCUCAAAUCCGGCUGGCGUCAAGAUUCGGCAAAGCUUCUUUCAGCAUUGUGGGCCCAGGCCAUGCAUUGGAGGCAUUCCGAUCCCAGCAUGUUUCUUCACCGUGCAGUGCGGAGGAAGUGCUUGUUCACGCCUUGUACCACGGAGGAGACAGGGGACUGGAUGCGCUCAGUAAGGUACUUGAUGAUGUUCGGCGUGGAGGUAUAUCGUUUCCACCCUCAACAGCCAUGAAAAGACCGAUCUGGUCUUGCAAUGACGCAUCUUUGGUGGAUGCGUCACUCCUUGCCUCCACCUCGCCAUUGGAGUAUACCAUUCGUCUCAUCCUGGUUGACACUGCCGACUUGUACGUUACCUGGCUCUCAGCUGUCGAUACUAUUACCUCUUCAGGUAAAGACUGGGAGAUAGUCACGGUGGGACCUGGGUCAAAUGCCCUGCUCGCCUCAGUAAGCAGGGACAUAGCUCGGCCUGCAAAAACAAGUUGGAUAGACAUCUCAGGGCCUUUUCGAGGUGCCAAUGAGCUCCAGACUGAUGGCUUUGCCAUUAUCGGAAUGUCUGUUAAUUUCCCCAUGGGGGCUGGAAAAGACGCAUUCUGGAAAAUGUUAGAGCAAGGUUUGAACGCAGCGCAAACAAUACCAGGUACCAGGUUCGAAGUAAACGAGUAUAAAGCUGGAGGGAGUAACUGCCGGCCAGUCCGCGAGAUGAAAGCCAGCCAUGGAAACUUUCUCAGCGACCCAUUCCAGUUUGAUCAUGAGUAUUUUGGCAUCUCUCCUCGGGAGGCCAAGUCAAUGGACCCCCAGCAGAAACUCCUCCUCCAGGGCGCAGUGCACGCCAUGGAUGAUGCGGGAUAUGUACCAAAUGGAGCACCUUCCUUCAAUCCGGAAACGAUGGGGUGCUAUAUCGGGGUUGCCACAGAUGACUACGUGCAAAAUCUAGCUAGGGAGGUUGAUGUGUAUUACUCUACCGGUACGUUGCGCGCCUUCUUGAGUGGGAAGAUAUCGUACGCCUAUGGUUGGAGCGGACCGUCCAUUGUUAUUGAUACCGCAUGCUCGUCUUCGCUUGUAUCUGUGGUGAUGGCCUGCCGGGCUCUUGCCCAAGGCGAUUGCACUACCGCAUUGGCAGGUGGGGUGAAUGCCAUUACCAGUCCUGAUAUGUAUCUUGGCCUUUCGAGAGCCCACUUUCUGAGCCCGACGGGGCAGUGCAAACCCUUUGAUGCCUCGGCCGACGGAUAUUGCCGGAGUGAAGGGUGUGGGCUAUUCGUAAUCAAGCGCCUUUCGGACGCAGUCCGUGAAGGUGACCGAGUUUACGGUGUCAUCAAACAUGGGCAUAUGAAUCAGAGCGGCCAGGCGACUUCUAUCACCCACCCUCAUGGUCCCGCUCAGAAGCAGCUCUUCAAGGAACUCUUGAGUCGAGCGCAAAUUGAUGCAAAGUCGAUAAACGUAAUUGAAGCUCAUGGAACAGGAACCCAGGCGGGCGAUGCGGUCGAGACCUCCAGCAUUGAGUCCACUUUUGGUGGUUUUCCCAGCCCAGUUUACCUGACGUCCGUCAAGGGCAACAUCGGGCACGCCGAAGCAGCAUCGGGUUCCGCGGGUUUAGCAAAGCUGCUUAUGAUGCUGCAGUUCUCGAAAAUUCCGCCACAAAUCGGGCUCAACACGCUGAACCCGAAGUUGGGGACUCUGACGGGUCGCAAUAUCCGGAUUCCUACUGCCGCCUGCGAGUGGAACCGUAUCGCUCCCAACCUGCCGCGGCGUGCAUUAUUGAAUAAUUUUGGUGCAGCUGGCUCAAACGCUGCUUUGAUUAUUGAGGAAUACAGUCCGACAUCAUGUCGCGAAGAUCAGAAAUGGCCUCUGAGAGCGGCGUAUAAUCUGAUUCUUUCCGCGAGGCAUGUCGACGCGCUCAAUGAGCUUAUUGGAAGGUACUCUAAGCUUCUCCAGGAGCGGAACGUUGCCAUUGAAGAUCUUUGCUACACGGCGACAGCUCGGCGGCAGAGACAUCGGCAUGUCCUCUCGAUUGUCGGAGGGACUGUGCCAGAGCUUGUCGACCAGCUUCAACAGUACAGAACAGAAGAGAGCGCCUUGGUCGACUACCGAAUAAAGCACCCAAUUGUGUUCGUAUUCUCGGGACAAGGCAGCUUUUAUUCAGCCAUGGGCCAGCAACUCAUGCGUACAGCCCCUACCUUUAAGGCUAAGGUUGAAGAAUGCGACUGCGUGCUGCAGCAAAAUGGCUUUUUGGACAUAGUACCGAGCAAGGUACUGGAUGGAUCCUUCAGCCCUAUAACUGCUGCAGAUUCGGUCUUGUGGUCACAGGUCGCAUGUUUUGUGCUGGAAUAUGCCCUCGCAUGCCUGUGGAUCUCAUGGAACGUUCAGCCCGACGUUGUCGUUGGUCAUAGCCUCGGAGAAUAUCCAGCCAUGGUCAUCAGUGGUGCCCUGUCGCUGCAAGAUGCUUUGUUGCUUGUUGUGCGCCGUGCACAAUUGAUGGCAUCGAUGUGUAACAUUGGGGAGACUUCUAUGCUUGCCUGCAAUACCGCGGCACUGUCUGUCGAACACCUAGUUUCCGAGUCGGGCCUGUCUCAACUCACAGUCGCUUGUGACAAUAGUGUAACGGAUUCUGUUCUCUCGGGACCUGUCAAUCAAGUAGACCAAAUGGCCGGGCUACUCAAAGAGAAAGGGAUUCGCUGUAAGAGACUUGAUGUCCCUCUCGGCUUUCACUCCGCGGCUUUGGAUGCAAUGCUGCAGGAACUCGAGGUCAAAUGCGAAGGUCUCCAUUUCUCGACUCCUAAGAUUGCUUUAGGGUCUGGUUUCCACGGGCGACUUGUUGAAGAAGGCGACCUCGAUUCUAGCUAUCCCGUCCAACAAACCAGGUCGAAAGUGCGUUUUACUGAGCUCAUAGGCUCUCUCUCCAAACGAGACGGAAUCCAAAACGCUACUUUCAUUGAAGUUGGACCAAGCCCGAUUACGUUGCCUAUGAUUCGGACCAAGUUUUCGGGACAGGAUGCCGUUUUCCUGCCCUCCAUUGCAAAGGGUCAAGAUGCAUGGGCUAGUAUAAGCCGUUCCUUGCAGCAGAUGAGCCUGCGGCACGACUCCAUUCAGUGGCGUGCUGUGUUUGAUGGCACAAACGCCCAUGUCACGGACCUUCCAGAGUACCCGUUUCAAAUGCAAUCAAUGUACGUCCCAUUUAAGGAACCCAGCAUGGUGGCGAGUGUAUCGACAACCGCUCAAAACACCAAACCGUCUAUAUUCCAUUUAUUGCAAGAUGUGGUGAGUCUGGACGCCGGGAAAGGAUUGUCAACGUUCCGUACGAGUUUGGACACCCUGUCCAAGUACAUCGAGGGCCACUCGGUCGAUGGCUUUCCGCUAUGUCCAGCUUCAGUAUACCAUGAAAUGGUUUUGGAAGCUAUGCAUUGGCAGGUUGCUCCAGAGGAGGAUCAAGUGGCAGUGGUCAGUGACAUACACUUUGGGCAUCCCCUUAUAUAUUCACCGGAGAAGGGAUUCUCCACGGUGCUAUUGACGUUGGAGAAAAUGUCGGACGCUAGGCCUAAGAGUCAUGGAGGAAGAUUCACCUUUGCGUCCGGUGUAGUGGCAGGGUGUGAUUCUGACACGGUCCUGUGUUCCGGCCAAACAGCAUGGAAGCGCGCUUCGGACGUGAAAGUAUAUCUUGCGCGGAAGGCAGCAUACGCCCAAAGGCAGAUGAAGCUAUUGCACAAACAUCAGAGCCAGAGAAAUAUCCUGCACCGCAACGUCAUCUACAACACGAUUUUCCCUCGGGUAGUUGCCUACUCAGAGCCGUAUCAAGCCAUCAAGGAACUGAACGUCUCUGAGACCGAUUUAGAUGGCCACGGUACAUUUGAGGUCCCAGCAAGCGCUCUCACCGGGGGGAUUGUGUCUCCAGUUUUCAUUGACACUAUGCUGCACGCGGCCGGCUUCGUCGCCAACAGUCAGGCCAAACCGACCGAUGCUUUCAUUUGCAGCGAGAUCGAGUCCGCGGUUGUGUUAUAUACCGCCAUCAACCCGCAAGACACUUUCCUUAUCUACUGCAGCCUGCUGGAAUGCGGCGAUGGGGAACGUAUCGGUGAAGCAUUUGCAAUGACGCUCGACGGAAGAGCUGUUGCUAGCAUUGAAGGCAUGCAUUUCAAGCGUCUGAAUCUUAGAUCGUUCGCUAGCCAUUUGUCGCGCCAGGCUGGUCAGCGGUCUACCGGCGAGAUCCCGCGGCCAGUCGUAGGUCGCACUCAGACGUCGACGAAGGUUGCCGGUCCUCUGGUGCCUAGUGCAUUAGAUCCCAUAGGUACGGUGGUCAGCCUGAUUGCCAAGCUAUGCGAACAGCCGAGGGAGGUGGUUACUCCGGACAAGCGAUUGGCGGACUUGGGGAUUGACUCGCUCAUGCAAAUAGAGCUAUCCCAUUCGCUCAAGCGCCAGUUUCCCCAUUUAGAUGCGGACGGUCUGAUGGAAUCGGAAACAGUCGAGGAGAUCCAAAACUACAUUGGCAAUAUGCGUGGUGAGCGGUCCGGGGUGUGCUUUACACAUGACGUAUCCAGCAACAGCAGCGCCGAAAAUAGCGACGAUGGUUCAAUCGCAUCAGGAAAGCUCACCCCCUAUACGGAGGUGACCACCACUCCGAACGAAGUAACCGGUCUCCUCAUGCAGUUGGUGGCUGAAACUUGUGGUUUCAGGCUAUCUGACAUUCACCAAAACAUGGCACUUGAAUCGCUUGGGAUGGACUCUUUAAUGACCAUCGAAUUCCAAGAAGGCUUGCAAAAGGAAUUCGGCCACGCACUGGCACCCCGAAUAUUAUCCCCGGCGAUAACAAUAAGAGAGCUUGCUUUAAAGCUUGCAGGGGACAUUAGUCCACCAAGGGAAGACUCGGCGCAUUUCAUUGAGAACGCCACAAGCAAAACCCUUUUGCGCGAGCCUUCGGAGGGGCAAUUCGUUGUGCAUCUGCAACGAGGGCCAGAUAACUACCCCCCACUUAUCCUGUUUCAUGACGGCAGUGGACUAAUCAAAAAGUACGAGCGUCUUUCCCAGUUGGGGUGCAACGUGUUUGGUGUUCGCAACCCUGAGCUGAAUGUUCGACCGCAUUGGGCAAGGGACCUGAAAGAUAUGGCGAGUCGGUAUGCUGCUUCGAUUCCCUCGGUUGUCAAAGCAAAACAAGUGAUUCUCGGCGGCUGGUCUUUCGGGGGGGUGCUCGCCCAUGAAGUCGCGCAGCAACUAGACAAGUUUGGGUAUACAACAGUGGCUGUCCUUCUUAUUGACUCCCCAUGUCCGUUGAACCAUCAGCCCCUGCCUCCCCAAGUUGUCAACCACAUUCUGGGGCCCAAGCGACUGCCUCAGCCUGUCUUGGCCACUAUGUCUUACCAAUUUGAAAGCCAUGCCGAGUUUCUCGCAAGAUACAAGGUGCAACAUCCCAUACCGCCGGCAAGGAAGUAUGUGAUGCUGCACAGCGAGCAGGUUCUGGAGACAACCCGCCUUUGUGGUGCUCCAUAUCCAUGGCUCGAAAGUCGACAGGAUCGGGCUUUGUCGCUUCGCCAAUGGGAAAGAAUCCUCGGACGUUCGCUGGUGGUGUAUGAUAUCCCAGGAAAUCACUUUGAGCCUUUUAACGAUGAAAAUGUCAAAACUGUCUCGGAGACACUGCGAGAGGCAUAUGAGAAGGUGACGGCAAUGCGUUUAGUUUGA